ACUUGCCCAUAUCACGCAGCUAGUAGUAGAUGGCAACGUCAGGGUUUGAAUUCAGUGGGAAUUCGUGGCGCUGCGACCGCUGCUCUGCUGCAGCCUGCAGCUGUUAAAAGUUUGAGAAAAUGCUGUGUAUACAGCCGGAGCACGAAUUUUAAGCAUGGCUGUGCACUAGCCUGCGAGGACUCCCAGAGGGAUCCCGGCAGCUGGUGGCCCCGCCCCCCUCUUAUCGGAGCCCCCAGACCCGCGGAUCCUCCCUUCUCCCCCACUCCCGUUUCCCUCCGGUCUCCUGUGCUGAUUCACUCGCCUCCUCUCCCCACCACAUCCCAGCCAUGGUCCUGGUUCUGCAGCUGCUACCGCUGCUGCUGUCGAGGGCACAGGGGGACCCGGGGGUUCCCUUGGACGGCCACCCUGGGGACCGGGUGAAUCUCUCCUGCAUAGGGGUCUCGCAUCCCAUCCGCUGGGCCUGGGCGCCUAGUUUCCCAGCCUGUAAGGGCCUGUCCAAAGGACGCCGCCCGAUCCUGUGGGCCUCUUCGAGCGGGACCCCCACCGUGUCUCCUAGCCAGCUGUUUGCUGGCCGCCUACGCGCCCUGGACCCUGGUAUCCGGCGGCUGGAGCUGCUUCUGAGCGCGGGUGACUCGGGCACCUUUAUCUGCAAAGGCCGCCACGAAGAGGAGAGCCGUACGGUGCUUCACGUGCUGGGGGACAGGGCCGAUUGCGGGGCUCCGGGGCCUAGCCAGGGGUCCGUGUAUCCCCAGCUCCUGAUCCCACUGCUGGGCGCGGGCCUAGUGCUGGGACUCGGAACGUUGGGCGUGGUCUACUGGCGGCGCAGGCGCUCGCCCCCGCCCCCGCUUCGACCAGUCCCCAGAUUUGCUGUGUCCCCCUCACAUAGCUCCACUUGUGAAAGCCGAAUCCCAGAGGCCAGUAAAGGAGGAGGAACCUAAGAUUGCAGGGGACCUGGACCAGGAGCCGAGCCUGCUCUACGCAGACCUGGAUCAUAUGGCCCUCAGAAGGCCUCGCCAGUUGUCCCCUGUGGUCCCUGCUGAUGCCUCCACCAUCUAUGCGGUUGUAGUUUGAAGGAAAGCCCUUACUUCAAACCUCACAAGCUGGGGCUCCCAACUCUCCAUAACCUUCUCCCCCCCAGCCUCUCCCCUAGAAAAGGUAGACUGGGAGUCAGGACACCUGGGUUCCAGGCUCUGCCACUGAUCUUGCUCCUUCAGUUGCCCCACCUCUCAUUACUUCAGUUACUCCAUGUCUCCUUCACCACUGCUGUCCUCUGUCUAAACCUCAUCAAGCCCUGUCUCACCAUGUUAAGACAUCAACCACGCCUAGAUAGUUGUCCCAUCUCUCCCCUUUCCUCCAUAGUCAAGCUCUUUGAACCAGAGGCCUACACCUAUCUCUUCCAUUUUCUUUUCCUUCACUCCACUCCCUUGAGGUUGCCAGUGAUGUCCUAAUGGCCACACCCAAUAGACAUUUUUUAGCAUUCAUCUGGCUUGGCCUUUGAUCGCUCCCUUCUUUAAGCUGGUUUUCUUUAAUGCUGGUGUGUUCCUUCUAGAUUUCUCUUCCUUUCUCCCUACCCCCAUGGUACUCCCUACCAUUCUAGGUUUGUCUCUUUCUUUAUCUGCCUUCUCCCUCUUCUGGGAAGCUGUCAUCCACAGCCAGUCCUCAGCCUUCAUCUCAGCAAAUGACACCCAGAACUCUCUCCAACUCAGAUCUCAGAUAUGGGAUUUCCAAAUUGUCCCUCAGACAUCCCUGCCCUAGGCAUUUUGCACACAGCAUGUCCCAAGCCAUUUACUUAAUCCUCCUCUGCAAUCUCUCUUGAUCAGCCCAGUUGCCCAAGCCAGAAACUGGGAGUCAUGCAGACCUCCUUCCUCUCACUCCCAAUGAACCAAGUCCUGCUGUUCUAUUUUAAUGUCACUGUCAAAUCCACACCCUCUUCACUCCCAGCACUGCCACCUGAAUGUACUCUCCUCAUUUCCUCCUUGGAUUUCCCAUAGCCCCACCUCAUCCCCCUGCCCUUGCCCUCCUCUCUGAAGCCAGAGAGAUCCCUCCCAAAUACUGACCUGCUCCUAACAGCCUGUGUUUCAGAACUGUAGUAUUUCUUCCCUUAACCUUCAGCUCUGGGCCCAUGGACUUUGGUAUGGGGUACAAGGUGCCACAGCACUUGCCUACCUCCUCUCCAGGCUUCUCUCUGUCACACCACAUGCACACAACAUGCCAGUCCCCAGGCCCCAAAUGCUGUUUGCUGUUGUCCAGCACAAUUCCUUCAUGGAUUACCUUUUUCCCUCCUCCCCACUACCUGCCUGGCUAAUCCUUAUUUAUCCUCAGGACUCAGUUCAAGUGUAGCCUUCUGGGAUGCCAUCCUUGACCCUGUUUGCCCCCCUGCAUACUUUGAUGUUCUGGAAGUUCCCUUAUGUCUCUCAUAGUACCAGCCUCCUAUGAAUUGUUCCAUCACAACCUGUAUUUGAAUUUGUAAGACAUUUUCGUGUAUUGUGAGUUCCCUGAUGUCAGGAGACUGACCCUUUUCAUAUCACUGCUAAGCCUCAGUAAAUGAUUGAAUGAAAAUUAAUA